UAAAGAGUUAACAGCAAAGCUAACAUUUGGAAAGAUCUUAAGCUCUGAAGGGUUGCUGAAGAGCAUAUAAACCCCUUCUUCGUAAGAGAAGUCGAUUGCCGUUUUAAUUUCUAAUAAAAUACCUUCUACCCUGGCCAGUAAAUUUGUUCAGAACUCGAGCGACUGGCAUGGCAAGUGUUCUGCAACUAAUUAUUUGCUGACUUCGCGUAACUGUCGCUCCUUUUGCGGUUGGACUGUUGUAACUUUUCACCGGCGCAGGAUAUGCGUGGAUGCACAUCAAAAUGAUGAAUCGCACAAGUAACAACCAGCAAUUUGACUUGAAGAGACGGUUCUAUCUGUACCCGAGCAAUGUACUCGAAUCUCCAAAUCCCUAACGUUACUUGAGCGUUGCACGGUCCUUUUUCGCAUGAACCACAGAAGGACUUGGGUCGGCUUUGUCGUUCCUAAAGAUUCAGGAUGAGAAAACCCAAAGUUAAUCGGAUGGUUCUUGCAAUGUGCUUGUGGUGUUUUAUAAUGGUUAUAUUCUAUUUUCACAGCAACCUGAAACCAGCCUCUGCGCAGGGCAGUGGGAGGAGCAGUGGCCAGGGAAAGUCAGGGAGAAGUCCACUCCAGAUGCUCUAUGACAGUGACCAGCUGGAGCAGUCGGCAGUGCAGGUGACCCACCAGGGUCGGCGGGAGCUGCUGGAAGACGCCUGCCGCUCGUACACGCGCAAGCGCCGCGUCCUCAUCCCUGAGGACCUCAAGCACAUCAUUGUGGACGACCAGCAUGGCCUGCUCUACUGCUACGUGCCCAAGGUGGCCUGCACCAACUGGAAACGAGUUCUCAUGGUCCUGACAGGCGCCGCUGGCCCCCGCCGCGACCCCCUUGCCAUUCCCGCCAACGAGGCCCACGUGCCGGGCAACCUACGCACCCUCUCUGAGUACUCCACCUCCCAGAUCAAUCAGCGGCUGCGCUCCUACCUGAAGUUUGUGUUUGUGCGCGAGCCCUUUGAGCGGCUCGUCUCGGCCUACCGCAACAAGUUCACACGCAGCUACAACACGGCUUUCCACAAGCGCUACGGCACCAAGAUCAUCCGCCAGCAUCGAACUGACCCGCAGGCCGAGGCGCUGGAGCGGGGCGACGACGUCUCCUUUAAGGAAUUUGUGUACUACCUGGUUGACCCGGCCACGCAGCGUGAGGAGCCCUUCAACGAGCACUGGGAGCGGGUGCACUCGCUGUGCCACCCCUGCCUCAUCCACUAUGAUGUGGUGGGCAAGUACGAGACGCUGGAGCAGGACUCCCGCUACGUGCUGCAGCUGGCCGGGGUGAAGGGCCAGGUGACCUUCCCCACCUCAGCCAAGAGCACCAGGACUACGGGAGACAUGGCCGCCCAGUUCUUUCACAGCAUCAGCCCCUUCUACCAGAAGAAGCUGUACAACCUAUACCACAUGGACUUCCUGCUGUUCAACUACUCCACGCCGGAGUACCUGAAGUUUCAAUGAAGUAACUUUUCUUAGAAGUAGGCUUUGUUUGAACCGUCUGUCAUAAGGACUAGGUAAUGCAGUUGUAAGCAUGAAGUCAUGCCCAGUCCCCACUAGCUUAUUGCUUGUGUCGUGGCAGCUUGAAGUGGUCAAAUAUCAGACAGCUGAUAUCAGCUAUUUGUAUGGCUUUUAGCAGCUGUUGCUUAUAACAACAUUUGUAUAACCUAUGACAGAGGGCUCAAGAUAAUUGUUACAGACAAUUUUAACAUGGAUCCCGGGACUCUUCAAAGCACAAUAAUGCUUGUUACUGAGAGAACUAACCUGGUGAACUCUAAGCAACUAAAUAAAGAUAUCUUUCAUAUCAAAGGUAAGAGAGGCUUUAAGAUGAGACGUCCUCACAACCGGGAAUGGACACUUUCUCAAGAUGGAGAAGUUGACUAAACUAGGCAAAUUAUUUUGUACUGUAACAAUGAGCCACUGGAGAUUGAACUGUUGCCUUUGUAUGUGUAAAAUGCACCUACAGUAUAGUGCACAUUAACUCAAAAUAACCAAACUCUAUGACACCACCAACAAACUUAGUUUUUUUCUUUCAAAGUUUCUAUUGUCACCAACAAUUUUCCAUUCUACAGUCAGACUAAGAGGAACACAAGCUGUCUGAAAGUAAUAUUUAUCUCACAGGGGUACUGAAAGUCUUCCUAUUAGUGCCUUUGAGUGUGGGCCUUAUGACUCAAAUGUGUAUGACAUCCUUUGGAAAUGUCACUGACAUCAGCGUCUUCUUUGUACUGUAGAGAGUGUCUCUGGUGUGUACAGAGCAUGGCAUUGACUAUCAUUAGGCAGUUUAUUUAUUGUAAUAUUUGGGUCUCAAUGUCAACAAACUGCGGUUAGAUCACACUGAGACAUCUGGAAUAUCUACCAUAACUUCAGACAUAUUCAAAUAAACACAUAAACACA